AUGAGAGCCUUUUCUAUAUUCGCAAUUUUUUUAGCCGCCGCAGCUGCUCAGGAUAGAGUUACAUCUACUAUUAGUAACCCAUUUUUGUUAAGUGAGACACUGGAAACGAUAGCGUUUUCAACUGACGCAUCUACCCAGACAUAUGAUGAGGUUGUUGUAGUUGCCAUUACCAAUUGGUACAAAUCUAUCAUAUAUAUUAGUGAUUGUGAACCUGAAAGUGGGCGCAACCCUCCUAGUACAGUCAGUACACCUGUUACGGUCAUUACGCCGAACACUAUCAACCCCGCUUCGAGCAAUCCUCCUGCUCCAAGUAGUUCACCAUCACCAAGCAACCCACAACCUCCAAGCAAUCCACCUGCUCCAAGUAAUCCACCUGCUCCAAGUACUCCACCUGCUCCAAGUAAUCCACCUGCUCCAAGUACUCCACCUGCUCCAAGUACUCCACCUGUUCCAAGUACUCCACCUGCUCCAAGCAGCUCGCCAUCUCCAAGUACUCCACCUGCUCCAAGUACUCCACCUGUUCCAAGUACUCCACCUGCUCCAAGCAGCUCGCCAUCUCCAAGUACUCCACCAGCUGCUCGCAACCCACCACCUCCAAUUGAUCCAUCAGCUCCAAUUGAUCCUCCAGCUCCAAGCAAUCCACCAGCGCCAAGCAAUCCACCAGCUCCUAGCAGCUCCCCAUCUCCAAGCAUCCCACCUGCACCAAGCAGCCCUCCAGCUCCAAGUAACCCACCAGCUCCAAGCAGCUCUCCAUCUCCAAGUACUCCACCUUCGCCAAGUACUCCGCCAGCUCCAAGUAACCCACCAGCUCCAAGCGGAUCUUCAUCUCCAAGCAGCCCACCUGCACCAAGCAGCCCUCCAGCUCCAAGUACUCCGCCAGCUCCAAGUACUCCGCCAGCUCCAAGCAACCCACCAGCUCCAAGCAGCUCUCCAUCUCCAAGUACUCCGCCUUCGCCAAGUACUCCGCCAGCUCCAAGUAACCCACCAGCUCCAAGUAACCCACCAGCUCCAAGCGGAUCUCCAUCUCCAAGCAGCUCCCCAUCUCCAAGCAACCCACCUGCACCAAGUACCCCACCAUCACCAAGAAACCCACCUGCAACAAGUACUCCACCAGCUCCAAGCAGUUCACCUUCUCCAAGUAAUCCACCAGCUACGCCUGCUUCUAGUAGUACACCCUCUACUAGCAAUACUCCUACUAUCAAUAGGCCACCUACAAGCAAUACACCAGAUAUUAAUACACCAGCUACGCCAACUCCUAGCAACACUACAAAUGGCGCCAGUAGUAAGCCGCCCACUGUUCCCCUUGACGAUGUCAGCACUGUCACCACAACCACAACCAGUACCUGCAGUCCUACCACCUAUUACAACAGCACCAUUCCUAUCGAUACUGACACUGCUAAUAGUUCAACGACCACAAUAGUGUGGUAA